AUGCAUAAAAAUUUCGCAUUUAAUCAUUCCCAAAUAGCUCAGACUGAACUGCAUAAAAUACAAAAGGAACAGCUCAACCAAGAAUGUUUGAGUGUAAUACAGGAGUGUAGUACGCGGUGGAACAGUACAUUUUAUAUGUUGGAAAGAGUGAUUAGAAUACAGGAUUCUCUAUGCCUGUACGCAUGUAAACACAACAUCUCUCAGUUGUCUCCUGAAGAAUGGCUGCAGCUUAAAAAAAUAGUGACUAUACUUCAACCUUUUGAAGAAGUUACCCGAAAUAUGGUGACAAUAACACCUGUAUCUCAUCAGUAA